AUGGCAGAAGCAUUCGGCCUCGCAGUCAACAUUGCAGCCAUUGUCCAGUUAUCAACGAAGAUUGCGAAAGUAUGCCUUCAGUAUUCCAAAGAGGUCAAGAACGCGAGGGAAGAGAUAGCCCGGGUUGAAGAGGCGACCCUUAACCUGAAAGCCGUCGCUGAGAGUGCCUUAAAGCUACUCGAGGGCCCCCAUGGCGCCACGCUGAAAACGUCCCAGACGUUGCUCAGUGCCGCCCGGGCAGCUGCGUCACGGCUCAAGGCUCUCGAUGCCGAGCUUCGCCCUUCCGAUACUCGCAAGGCGAUGCGCCGGUUCGGCGUCCGCGCCUUCAAGUGGCCUUUCCAGAGCAAAGAUGUCGAGAAGAUAGUGCAGGAUAUUGAGAGAUACACGCAGAUGAUCUCGAUGGGGCUGCAAAUUGACCAGACCCUCGAUCAGAAAUUCGUGCUCGACAAACUACCAACCGCCCCCGAGGCCUCAUUUGAUUCCCAUGCUGAAGAGCAUAAUCCGACUUGCCUACCAAGUACGAGGGUAGAACUCCUGAAGGAGCUGGAUCGAUGGACCAACGACCCCAUCGCAGAGGCCGUCUUUUGGCUCAACGGGAUGGCAGGGACGGGAAAAUCAACAAUCUCUCGGACUGUCGCCCAGUCCUUGGCCAGAACAGACCAAUUAGGCGCUAGCUUCUUCUUCAAGAGGGGCGAGGGUGAUCGAGGUCACGCAUCCAAGUUCUUCACAACGAUAGCCUCACAGCUAGUGAGUCGUCUGCCAAUGCUGGCGCUUCACGUGAAGGGUGCGAUCGAUGCCGAUCCAGCAAUACACACCAAGUUUUUACGAGAGCAAUUCAACAAACUUAUCCUUGAUCCUCUUGAAAAAGUCCAAGGAGCUUAUAAGGGUACUUCUGUUGUUAUUGUUGUUGAUGCUCUAGACGAGUGCGAGCAAGACAAUGAUAUCAAACUCAUCAUUAACCUGUUUUCCUCCGGGAAGUCUCUCAAGUCUCCACGACUCAAGAUUCUCCUCACGAGCAGACCGGAACUGCCUAUUCGACUAGGGUUCAGUGCAAUACAAGGCACAUAUGACAACCUGGUUCUUCAUGAGAUACCUGCUCCGAUUAUUGAACACGACAUAUCGGCUUUCCUAGAGCACGAACUGGCGCGAAUUAGAGAUGAGUACAACAGCUCUGUCUCAGAAGAAAGACGACUAUCUCCAGUCUGGCCUGAUAAAUCGAACUUUCAAACCCUAGUGAGAAUGGCAAUUCCGCUCUUCAUCUUCGCAGCAACCACGUGCCGUUUCCUUGAUCAGCGUAGACGCGGCAACCCAGACCAACAACUGCAACGAGUCUUGGACCACUGGAACCGAAGCCAGGAACUAAAAGCAGACUUGGUCUCUAAAUUUGACCCGACUUACCGGCCAGCGUUAGAUCACCAGCUUACUGGUCUCUCUCUCCUGGAAAGAAACGAAGUUCUCCAGCAGUUCUGUCAUAUUGUUGGCACCAUCAUCUUGCUCUCGAGCCCUCUCUCGGCGGGUGCUGUGGCGCAACUAUUGAAUAUUUCUCGGCAUAGCGUCGAAGACAGGCUCGACAUGCUUCAUUCUGUCCUCGACGUCCCCGAGGAUUCUGCUUCUCCUGUGCGAUUGCUUCAUCUGUCCUUUCGCGAUUUCUUAGUAGACCCCCACUACCGAGACAGCAAUCCAUUUUGGAUAGACGAAAGGGAGGUCCACCUCCAAACGGCGACAAAUUGCCUCCGUGUCAUGGGGAACCAUCUCAGCGAGAACAUCCUGAACUUGAAAGAGCCGGGCACUUCCCGGUCCAUGUUGGACUUUUUGGACAUUGAUGCUCGCCUGCCAUCAGAAACCAAGUAUGCGUGUCUUUACUGGACACAUCAUGUAAAGCAAGCGAACUCCGGGGCAGACCUUCUUGGAACCGUCUAUGAUUUUCUCUGCCGCCAUUUCCUACACUGGCUUGAAGUGCUGGGCUGGCUUGGAAAGGCCUAUGAGAUUGUCGCCAUGCUUCGGGCAAUUCAAGCCGCUGCCGCACACUUGGACAGCGGCGCGCUUCAAGAGUUUGUAGGCGACGCCAUCAGAUUCGUCCGCUCAAACUUGCACAUGAUCAGCACCGCACCUCUUCAGCUUUAUUCAUCUGCGCACAUUUUCACUCCCCAAAGAAGCAUAGUGCGUCGGACUUUCGCGGAGGCUACGCCCUCCUGGAUUUCCCUCCAGCCAGAACCAGAACUAGACUGGGAUCAGUGCCUGCAAAAGCUUGAGGGCCAUGGCGGUGCGGUAUAUUCAGUCGCUUUCUCUCACGACUCGACCUAUAUAGUAUCGGCAUCUUCCGACCAAACGGUCCGAGUCUGGCGUACGGAUACAGGCGAGUGUAUUCACAGCCUGGAGGGCCAUAGUGAUACAGUACAGUCAGUUGCUGUCUCCCACGACUCGGCUCUUAUAGUGUCAGCAUCCUUUGACAAAACGGUUCGAGUCUGGCGUACGGAUACAGGCGAGUGUAUUCACAGCCUGGAGGGCCAUAGUUAUCCAGUACAGUCAGUCGCUUUUCCCACAACUCGGCCCUUAUAG